AUGGCGAGCCACUCCUACCGCAUCAGCUCCAGCUUCAGGGUCAGGGGUUUCAGCUCCCGCUCCACCAUCGUGCCCAGGCCUGGAGCUCACAGCUGCAUCAGUGCCAUGGCCUACAGCGGGGGUGGUCCUGGGGGGCCAGGCUACGGGCAUCUUAUUGCGAUGAGUUACGGAUGGCCCCUAAGCAGCAGGGGCAGCUUUGGCUACCGGGCAGGGGGCCUUUGCAGACCCAGCCCCCCCUGCAUCACCACCGUGUCGGUCAACGAGAGCCUCCUGGUGCCCCUCAACCUGGAGAUCGACCCCAACGCUCAGUGCAUGAAGCACGAGGAGAAGGAGAAGAUCAAGUGCCUCAACAGCAGGUUCGCUGCCUUCAUCGACAAGGUGCGCUUCCUGGAGCAGCAGAACAAGCUGCUGGAGACCAAGCUGCAGUUCUACCAGAACUGCAAGUGCUGCGAGAGCAACCUGGAGCCGCUGUUUGAGGGCUACAUCGAGACGCUAGGCGGGAGGCUGUCCUCGGAGCUCAACCACGUGCAGGAGGUGCUGGAGGUGCUGGAGGGCUACAAGAAGAAAUGAGUGUAUGAAGAAGAGCUGGCCCUCAGGACCACGGCUGAGAAUGAGUUCGUGGUGCUGAAGAAGGACGCAGAUGGUACCUAUCUGCACAAGGCACACCUGGAGGCCAAUGUGGAGCAGCUUAGGGAGGAGAUUGUCUUCCUGUGGUCUCUCUAUGAGGAGGAAAUUCAUCUCCUUCAGUCACAGAUCUCCGACACUUCAGUGGUGGUGGAGACGCACAACAGUCGGGAGCUCAGCAUGGACUUGGUUGUGGCCGAGAUCAAGGCUCAGUAUGAUAUUGCCAGCCGCAGCUGGGCUGAGGCCGAGUCCUGGUAUCAAACCAAGCGCGAGGAGAUGAAGGCCAUGGUGACCAGGCAGGGUGAGAACUUCCACACAAAAAAGGAGGAUGUCAGCCAGCUAAACUGCAUGAUCCAGAGACUGUUGGCCGAGGUGGAGAACUCCAAGCAGCAAAGGUUCAAACUGGAGACCACAGUGGCCAACACAGAGCAGCAGUAUGAGUCGGCCCUCAGCGAUGCCCACUGCAAGCUGGCUGAGCCAGAGGGUGCCCUGCAGAAGGCCAAGCAGGACAUGGCCUGCCUGCUCAAGGAGUACCAGGAGGCGAUGAACUCCAAGCUGGGCCUGGACAUUGAGAUCAGAACCUACAGGUGCCUGCUGGAGGGUGAGGAGCAGAGGUUGUGUGAAAGCGUGGACUCUGUUAACAUCUGUGUGAGCCAUUCCCAGGGCAGUGUGGUCUGUGGGGACCUUGGUUCCACUGUCCUGCAUGGCCUGGGGGGCACGGCCGUCAGUAGUGGUGCACUGUGCUCCCCCUCUAUGGUGGGGGCCUGCUCCAGUGCAAGAUCUGUGCAGUUUGCAUAG